GUAAGACGAUAAAAGAUCGAUAACAGAUCGAUAAACCGCGGGGAAUAACGGGGUAAAAACGUCACGGAGGCUCGACGCUGAGGCACCGGCCGCUCCCGUGUCCGGUCACCGAGUUUCACCAUGGAGAACUACACUCUGGUCGGUUCUGUGGAGCAGUCGGUUCUUUGUCCGUUCUCGUUUCUUUCCAAAGACGUUCCUCAGAUCCGGGUCAAAGACGGGAGUAAGAUCCGGAACCUUCUGCGCUUCGCCCUGAGCCGCAUGGAGCCCAAGACCGGACCUGGACCCGGACCCAAACCCGGACCUGGACCCAAACCUGGAUCAAAACCCGGACCAAAACCUGGACCCAGUGGAGGAAGAGAACCAGGACCAGAACCACGACCGGACCGGACCAGUCCAGACCAGCCCAGUCCAGACCAGCCCAGUCCAGACCCUCCAGAGUCCCGGUCCGGUCCAGAGUCUCCGAGCCGCUGUGUGGUUUUCACCGCUGUGGGGAAAGGAGCGUCUAAAGCCGUGACCUGCGCCGAGAUCGUCAAGAGGAGAGUCCCCGGACUGCACCAGGUGACUCAGUUGUCGUACUCUUCGGUCUUGGACUCGUGGGACCCCGUAGAUCCGGGUCUGGGUCUGGACUCGCUCACGGUGACCAGGAAGACCCCGUGUAUCUGGAUCUUGCUUUCCGCCGCGCCGCUCGACAGGUGCACGCCGGGAUACCAGACCCCCGGUCGCUACGACGACCUGUGGGCCAAUCGGGAGCCGGGGGGCGGGGCCACGGAACACAAACCGGGAAGCAGAAAGAGGAGAGGGGGCGGAGCCAGGCCGCACCGAGAAAACAGACCCCAGAGACCCCAGGCCAAAUGAACUGGAUCUGGUUUGGACCUGGUUUGGACCUGGUUUAGUCCUGGUUUAGUUUUCAGAGCACAGACUGAAAAAGCCCAGAUUUUGAUGCACUUUUUUUGUUUUUUGGCGGCUCCUGGAGGCCGUCUGGAGGGACUCUCUGAAGUUUAAGGAUUUGUGUAAAACUGUAAAAUAAAAGUUUUAUUUUCUGAA